AGCAGGUUGAGAGCUGACACACAGAGGAAGCAAGAGAGAAGAAAAGAAUAAAGGGCGAGAAAGAAAAAGAGAAAGAGGCACUCCUCCAUUCAGACCUCUGAGAGAACUUCAAGAGCGCUUCCUGCAGAUCUAAACACACAGUUACAAUGCUGCCUGGUGCCAGGCCCCUGCUGCUGUGUGUGCUGAGUCAUAUGACUAGCGCAUGGGCAUUCUCCCGGAUGUCGGACGCCGUGGAGCUGCGGUCUGCAUUCUCGGUGGCACGUACCAGCAGCAUGGAGGGAGGCCCGAAAAUGGUCGUCACUUUCGACAAAGUGUACGUCAACAUCGGCAGUGACUUUGAUCCAAAGUCUGGCUUGUUCCGCUGCAGGAUUCCAGGUGCCUACUAUUUCUCCUUCACAGUGGGUAAGUUCCCCCGGCGAGACCUGUCGGUCAUGCUAAUGAAGAACCGCAAUGAGGUUCAGGCGAUCGUGUAUGACGAGAACGCUGGAGAAGAGCGGAAAGUGCAGAGCCAGAGCGCCAUGCUGCAGCUUGAUUUUGGUGACACGGUCUGGCUUCGUCUUCAUGGAGACCCUCGAUACGCCAUCUACAGCAACACGGGCCACUACACCACCUUCAACGGUUACCUGAUCUACCCUGAUGUGUAUGGCUACCAAGAGCACACACACAAAGAACACGACAGUGCACACCAGCCCCCGAAAAUCACUGAUCACUUGCCAUCUGAGCAAGAAAAUACAAUUACCAAAGACACUGCUGUGCGUAUGAAGGAGGAGAGACGGGACGAGGAGGUAAAAGAGGAGGACAGCAGAGAUGGAGAGGAGGAAGACGAUGACCAAAGGUCAGCAUUUUCAGUGGGCCGCACGCAAAGCAUUGUAGGUGUGGAUCAAGGACACCCUGAGCACCAGCCCAUCAUCUUUGACACAGAGUUCGUCAACAUCGGCAACGACUUCAACUUGAGCUCGGGUGUUUUCAAAUGCAGAGUAGCGGGGGCCUAUUACUUCUCCUUCAAUGCUGGCAAGCUGCCCCAUAAGACCCUGUCAGUGAAGCUGAUGAAGAAUCAUUUGGAGGUACAGACCAUGAUCUACGAUGACAGUGACACUGAGAAGGCCCUGCAGAGCCAGAGUCUGAUGUUGUCUCUGCAAGAUGGAGACACUGUGUGGCUUUACAGCCACCAGAGGGAUGGGUUUGGGGCUUACAGUAAUCACGCCAAGUAUAUCACUUUCACUGGCUUCCUGGUGUAUCCUGAGCUGCACCUCAGCCUUCCUCAGCCGCAGAAACAGGAUAAGACACUGUAGGCCUGUCAGGGAGACAGUCUGUCUGUGGGUCUGGAAGAAGGGCAAGAGUUUGGAGGAGAAUUUAUGUGGAAAAAUUUGGAGUUCCCUAUAUGUAAUCUUCUAUGCUCUAGAAAAUCAUCACUCCCUUCAUUUGCUUUUUAUGAUUCAUUAUUACACAAUUUCUCCUGCUCGUCCCAUGUGUAAACAAAAUGUCUGAUUUUGGAACAUUUUCAUGUAAAAAAAAAA